AUGCCCAUUUUCUCCCUUGCUAAAACGGAGCGCGACGCGCCGCUACUAGAAUCCAACGGCGCAACGUUGUUUCCCAACACAUUUUCGAUGCAGGAAUUUACUAGAAAUCAUUAUGAUGAAUUUCUUGACCUGAAAGAUGCUGGUGAAACUGUGGACGUACCGCGAAUUUAUACAAUUCCGAAAGGAACUUCCAUCCCAGAGAGUUUAAUUCUCAUCUACGAGCACCUUGCAUGGUUUAGUCUGCAGCCAUCUCGCGGAAUGUCACUGCGAGACUUGAACCGUUCUCUGGACGACUUCUUCGACAGCGCUGCCACAAAGGAGUCUGUCGAGUCGUGGCUAGCUUCACAUCCAUUCGAAGCUGCGAGUGACAAUGCGGAAGAGGCUUGGAAGAACGUGUAA